GCUCCUGCCGCCGCCGCCUGCUUCCUCCUCCUGCUGCCGGGCUGAGCGGCGGGGUCGUCGGCAGCGUGACACAAAGCGGUCGGCUCCGGUGUCCUCUUCAUGGCAGGGAACUUCUGGCAGAGCUCGCACUAUUUACAAUGGAUUUUGGAUAAACAGGAUUUGUUGAAGGAACGCCAAAAGGACUUGAAAUUUCUGACAGAAGAAGAAUAUUGGAAACUGCAGAUAUUCUUUACUAAUGUCAUCCAGGCUUUAGGUGAACAUCUUAAAUUAAGACAACAAGUUAUUGCCACUGCUACAGUCUACUUCAAGAGAUUCUAUGCCAGAUAUUCCCUAAAAAGUAUAGAUCCAGUAUUAAUGGCUCCUACGUGUGUGUUUUUGGCAUCCAAAGUAGAGGAAUUUGGUGUGGUCUCAAACACAAGGUUGAUUUCUGCUGCUACUUCUGUAUUGAAAACUAGGUUUUCUUAUGCCUUUCCGAAGGAGUUUCCUUAUAGGAUGAAUCAUAUAUUAGAAUGUGAAUUCUAUCUUUUAGAAUUAAUGGAUUGCUGUUUGAUAGUGUAUCAUCCUUAUAGACCUUUGCUCCAAUAUGUGCAGGAUAUGGGCCAAGAAGACAUGCUGCUACCCCUCGCAUGGAGGAUAGUGAAUGACACAUAUAGAACUGAUCUUUGUCUACUGUACCCUCCCUUCAUGAUAGCCCUAGCUUGCCUACAUGUGGCCUGUGUUGUCCAGCAGAAGGAUGCAAGGCAGUGGUUUGCUGAGUUGUCUGUUGAUAUGGAGAAGAUUUUGGAAAUAAUCAGGGUCAUUCUAAAACUGUACGAACAGUGGAAGAACUUUGAUGAGAGGAAAGAAAUGGCUACUAUUCUUAGUAAGAUGCCUAAACCGAAACCACCUCCAAACAGUGAAGGAGAACAGGGUCCAAAUGGAAGUCAGAAUUCCAGCUAUAACCAGUCUUAAGACAUUCCAAAGAACUUUAUUAUGGACCACUUUGGAUCAAGACAUACUGGGAACUUAUUUGUGUUCAUGAAAUGGACAGAAGGUUUUAAUAAUGUCUUUGACAAAGAACUUGAAGAAUAAAUGGCUUGUUUCUAUCAAGCAUGUUGAAAGCUUUUUCUUUAAAACUGCAUGAACCCCUUUAACACUGGAACAACCGUAUUAGCAAGAUUUCUCAAUGUAAGGCAUUCAAAAGUUUUGAACAGAGUUUCAAAAGAUUCACACAUCCACUUCAGUAUUAAUAGCUGAAUACUGUUUUGUUUGUUUGCUUUCAGAAAAAUGUAGAUUGUCAUUAAAGUGAAGAUUAUUUUUUAAACUACAGUAACGAAGCUCGUUGAUUGUAAUGACCCUGUGUCUUUUAUCAUUUUGUUUGUUACUGAAGGAGGACAGUGUAUAAAUCAGGGGUCGGUAACGUUGGCACGCGGCUCGCCAGGGUAAGCACCCUGGCGGGCCGGGCCAGUUUUAUUUACCUGCUGAC